UCUGUCAGACCAGACAAAUUCUUCGCCCACUUGUCCACAUCCUCAGUGUCACAUCCUUCUCUCUUCUGGCUGCUGAGGACACUCUGUUUAUAAGAUUGGGGAAACCUGCAGCCAGCUGGGGCUGAAGAAGUCACUUGGAUGAGUGACGAAAUGUUUCUCCCGCUGAAAACACUACUUCCAGAUGAACAGUAUCAACUUUUGGAGAUACGAUUUUUAAAACAUCAGAAGAAUUAAGCCUGCAUACAUGAAGUCUCACAGUGUGUGCAGACUGUGAGACUUCAUGUAGGUGGUAUAAAAACGUGUAAGGUGUAAGGUGUGGUUCACGCUUUUCAUGAACUAUGUUCUUUGUUUUUCAGGGGAACCACUGAGGAAGAGAUCCUCUUUAUUCUCUUCUGAGGCUCCAAAGACUCGUCUGUAAAUAAAUGCCUCACCAUCAGCUGACUCACAAAGCCUGCAAAGACUUUUAAAAUGUGUUUUUAAGAAAAAAACAUCACUGAAAUACAAAUUACAUAAAUAAAACAAUAAAAAUUAAAUACAUUUUUAUUGUGAUAGUUACUCUUUGUACAACUGAAAAAAUGGGAAAUGAACUUUUCUGGGCCCAUUAACUCUAAAAAUUAAACAGACCCCUCAUAAUUUAGCCUCUUAUCAAUUUUGGAUUAGCUCUCAUAUCAAAUAUGUCCACAAAUGAUUCAUAUGCCUAAAAACAUGGAUCCAUCCUAAAUUUUGCCUUUACACAUGAUUUACUGAUAACAGCAAUGGUUUUGGAUCAAAAUACUCUCUUCAGUGUUCAACAUGCUUCCACUACAGACUUCUUUUCGUGUACUUUUAUACAUGUUGUAUCUUGUUUUUUAUAUACAGUUCAUCUGCCUUUAACUGGAGUCCAGAUGCAGAAUUUGAGUUCCUAUUUAAAAUAUACUAAGAGGUUAUUUCAGGUGUUUUUGUCUUCAGUGAGUAUUACAGUUUUACACAGUAAAUCAGCCAAUGAGAUGACACUAAAGACAAAAUAGGGGCUUGUUUUUGUUUUGUUAAAUUGUCCUUUUUUGUAUAAGCUUCUUUGUAGUAACAUCUUCAGUACAAAAUCUUCCCCACAAGAUAAUAUCUUUGUGACACCCUGCCUAACGUCUCUUGAGAGACAGGAAUGAAUAUUAUGUACACACACACGUGCAAUCCUGACAAUUCUGUUUUACAUACCCAUAUGGAAAAGAAAAACUUAUAAAAAGACUUACAUCAGCUUUAGCUUGCUUCAUAUAGUGAAUCAUAUAAGGCUUAUAUGAUUUACUCAUGAAAGUGGACACUUUCAUAUACUGUUUAAGUAAGUAUCCAAAACAUACAAGUUCCAUUUAUGUAAUUUUUCAAGGGAUCUUAUAUCUGUUUUCACUCUUGUAUGCUUUCCAUACAAGUUUUACACAAGACAGAUACAAACCUUUAUAGAUUUAUAUAUUUAUCUUUUCCAUAUGGGUAUCUUUAUGUUUUUCAGAGGCUGUUUUUUCUCACUUAUGAGAAUGGCAGUUGGUCACUAUAAACAUAAAUUUAUAAAUGAUUAUGGCGAUUGGUUGCUAAUUAGUUACUAGGAGCUGGGUCAUGACAAUAUGUAACCAAAAUCUAUCUUUCAGCUCUAAAUGAAUGAUAACAAUAAAUCUCAGUGAAAAACAGGAUCAUUUUGGGGUGGGAGGACGUGCCAGGAUCGUGACAUUUUGAACAGUAUUAAUGCACAAGUCUUUACAUCUUAAUUGUUACACAUUUAAUGUGAUACACACAAAGGGUUAGGCUUUUGUACUUGUUUAGGUGAAGGUGGUUGAUUUGAAGUAAAUAAGGUGGAGCCACAACCCCUGACUGUGAGAUGUGAUGCUUUACGUAUCCACACCAGCAGGAAGCUGUGGCCUCUGUGACAGAGGUGUGACUUAACCUUCUCAGGCCACCAUUGAGCCAGUGAGUAUAUCAGCAGCCAAGUAUCAUGGAGGUCAUCACACUUUGUGCUAUUGUUGCUUCUCUAAGAAUCAUUCCCAACAAAUCCCAGUUCUUCCAGUAUGAGUCUGUCUCCAUGAGCUGUGGGCAGCAGGACAACUCCUCAGUGUGGCGUAUUAAGAGGAACACGUCCUUAUACAUAAACACAACAUGUCCCUCAUCCUCAAAUGGAAUAGAUGAAACUCACUGCUCCAUCAGUGACCUUUACCCAGCAGACACUGGAGUUUACUGGUGUGAGUCUGCAGCAGGCGAGUGCUUCGAUGCUGUCACCAUCACAGUAACAGCUGGUUCAGUGAUCCUGGAGAGUCCCGUUCAUCCUGUGAUGGAGGGAGAUACUGUAAUUCUGAACUGUAAAUACAUGGCCACUCUCUAUGAUAAUGUCAUAAGUGAAUUUUACAAAAAUGAGCUUCUUAUUGGGCGCAGCUCAACAGGAAACAUGACUAUCUACAGAGUCUCUAAAUGUGAUGAGGGACUCUACAAGUGCAACAUCUCUGGAGCAGGAGAAUCACCUGACAGCUGGAUGACUGUCAGAGCAGGACAUCUUGAACUGCGUCAUCCUGGCCUGACACACUUUCGGUUUCCUGUGGCUUGCAUCUUCCUCUUAUUGUUCUCAGCUGUUCUGCUCAGCCUCAGCAGCAAAGGUAAAAUUGACCCUGUGGUCGUGCCGUACACUGAAGUCAUCUACACACAAAAGUGCAGGAGAAAAGGUCGACGACUGAGGAAGAGGUCCUUGUUGUUAUCAUCUAAGGCUGCAUACAGAUGCGUUUGCACACACACGUCGUGCACUGUGCUGACAUAUAAAGCUGACAGCUGAUGAAGAGAUAACGGUGAUAUGUUUAAGCACUUUAACCCACUUUGUGGUCCACACUGCACCUGCAAAGAAAUAUACAUAUUAAAAAGAAAGAACGAAAUAAAGAAAUACACUAGAACUGGAAAUCCUCACUGGCCUCUUUUUAAGUAAACCCAUUUAAGAAAUAAAUAAAUAAAAAUAAUAAUAUAUAUAUAUUUUUGAUAAUGGUGGUCAUGAAUGAACUCUGUGUUGCAUUUUAGUUUGUGUACUAAACGUGUUUUUUUUUCCUUGAGUGCAUAAGUGCAGAAAAUUGACUGCCCCCUGUUAACUUUAAGAUAAGAUCACUUCUGAUUCUGCCUUCACACAAAAUGUAAUGACACACACUGCAUGCUCACAACAUGUUUUAUGUAGAGAAUUUGUACACUAUUUAUAUAUUUAUAUCUACUUCUAUACCGUUUUGUACAGCCACCCUCAUCUGAUCUAAAAAUGCAUUGGAGUUUGUUAACCUGUAUUUCAGCUGCAUUUAUAAAACUAUAUUUUUCUUCUUUUUAACAAAGAAAAAUGGAAUACAAAAAAGUACAUUAUAUUUGUCAGCAUUUAAAUGCUUUCAUUUGCACUCUUUUUUAAACCUUAGUUAAACCUUUAACUUCUCCUGCUGUCAUAGUCACAACAGUAUUGCCGUCAUUGUCGAUUAAUAUAAAUGCAUAGUUAGAACUGACUUACACAUUUGGCAAAUUGAUUCAGCGAUCAACCAUAUAAUGCAAAUACAUUAAAUCACUAAAAACCAUGAAAUCAUUAUAUUUAUGAACUUUUAUGUUUGUGAACAUGAACUGGGAAUAGACCCUGUGAACGAGAAAAUGCUAACUUCCUGGUUUGAGACCGGAUGUAGGGUUGUACGUUUCCGGUAGCUUUAC